AUGGCAUUUCGAUGGUACAUCGAUGGCAUUUCGAUACUGAGGCGAAUAUCUAAUUUCGAUGUUAGUAUCGAUGAUGUAUCGAUGUUGAAUCGAUGCCAUAUCCCAUUGACAGAUUUUGUCACUGAGGAAGAUCGAUUCAAAUAUUGCUUUUUCUCACUCGGAGUUAGUAGAAGAGGGUUUCGUACAUGUCGUCCUGUGUUAUGUGUGGACGGUACCUUUUUAAAGACAAAAUACGGUGGGCAGAUGUUAUGUGCAGUCGCGCUAGAUGCAAAUAACCAUCUAUAUCCAGUUGCAUUUGGUAUUGUGGAUAGUGAGAAUCAUGAUUCUUGGAAGUAUUUCAUGUCAAAGCUAAAGGAAGCGAUUGGGGAAGUCGAGGACCUGGCAUUUGUAUCUGACAGGCAUGCAAGUAUUACACAUGCCUUGGAAACUAUUUUCCCCGAUGCCUGUCAUGGUGCUUGCUACCACCACAUUAGUAUGAAUGUGGUUGCUAAAUUCAAGACUGAUCAUUGUCAUGUGUUGAUGUAUAAUAUAAUGACAAGCAAUUAUGCUGAAAGUUUCAACAAUAAGACCCGAGACGCUAGGAGCUUUCCGAUAACUACAUUCAUCGAAUUUAUUCGCUUCACACUACAGUCCUGGUUAUGUGAUAGGAGAGAAACUAGCGAGAAGACAACUACAACUCUUGCACCGACCUAUGAGAAAACUUUGGUGGAUAUGGCUGAGAAAGCUCGAUUCUUGAUUCCUUAUGCAAUAGGGAGGCAUGAGUUCCAUGUGUUAGAUGGUGAGCUGAAUGGUGGAGUCGACCUCCUGAAUAAGACAUGCACAUGCGGCGUGUUUCAGAUUAUUGGUAUCCCAUGUGCUCAUGCACUAUCUGGAUCCCUUAAGCGAGGGGUGAACUUUUAUUCGUUGUGUUCAGAUUACUAUAAAAUUGAGACAUGGAGGUCCUCUUACACAGAAUCUAUAUAUCCUACUUGUAACGAGGAAGAGUGGAUUGUUCCACAUGACAUUAUGACAAUAAAAGUGAGAACACAUGCGCAGAAAAACCCGGUUGGUCGUCCAAAGAAGAAACAAGGUAGGCCUAAGACGAAACGCCAUCCUUCCAAUGGAGAUAAAUUGGUUGUUCAACGCAAGUGCAGCACUUGUGGAGGUCUAGGCCAUAAUAGGGCAACUUGUAAAGUUUGUGUUUGA